AUGACGGCCGCUAUCUCCUACCAAUCUUACAAACAUGCCAUUCUCUUCUCUGCCUUUUUGGCGACUGUCAGGGCACAACAAGUCGGUACUUAUACGACCGAGACACACCCAUCUUUGACGUGGUCCAAGUGCACCAGCGGCGGCAGCUGCACUUCUCAAAGCGGCGAGGUGGUCAUUGAUUCGAACUGGCGCUGGGUACAUGAAACCAAAAGCUCGACCAAUUGCUAUACCGGCAACGAAUGGGACACCACCAUCUGCCCGGAUGAUGUGACCUGCGCGAGCAACUGCACUCUGGAUGGUGCCAGCUAUUCGAGCACCUAUGGUGUGACCACCAGUGGCGAUGAGCUGCGUCUGAACUUUGUCACCCAAUCGACGAACAAGAACGUCGGCUCCCGUCUGUACUUGUUGGAGAAUGAUAGCACCUACCAGACGUUCGAUCUGCUGAACCAAGAAUUCACGUUUGAUGUGGAUGUGUCGAACCUGCCAUGUGGUCUCAACGGAGCUCUAUACUUUGUGGCUAUGGACGCCGAUGGAGGCACUGCCCGGUACCCUACCAACAAGGCCGGCGCCAAGUAUGGAACCGGCUACUGCGACUCCCAAUGCCCGCGGGACCUCAAGUUCAUCAAUGGGGAGGCCAACGUGGAGGGCUGGGAGCCCUCUAGCAAUGAUUUGAAUUCCGGCACGGGGGAUCAUGGUUCUUGCUGCGCGGAGAUGGACGUCUGGGAGGCCAAUUCUAUUUCGAAUGCGGUCACCCCGCACCCCUGUAAUACUGCAUCGCAAACGAUGUGCGAGGGUGACGCCUGUGGAGGUACCUAUAGCUCGGAUCGUUAUGGUGGUACUUGCGAUCCGGAUGGCUGUGAUUUCAACCCAUACCGCAUGGGAGAUACCUCGUUCUAUGGUCCUGGCUUGAUUGUGGACACAUCGUCUCCCUUCACAGUGGUGACCCAGUUCAUCACCAACACCGGCACCUCCUCGGGCACCCUGUCGGAGAUCAAGCGCUUCUAUGUGCAGGAUGGGAAGGUCAUUGCUCAGCCGCAGUCGGCCGUCAGCGGCGUCAGCGGCAACUCCAUCACCACGUCCUUCUGCUCUGCGCAGAAGACGGCGUUUGGUGACACCGAUAGCUUUAGCGAGCAUGGAGGUAUGGCGGGCAUGAGCGCCGGGCUCGCAGAGGGAAUGGUUCUGGUCAUGAGUCUCUGGGAUGACCACGCGGCCGACAUGCUUUGGCUGGACAGCACCUAUCCGACCAAUGCCUCGUCCACCACGCCUGGUGCAAAGCGCGGCACGUGUGAUAUUUCGUCGGGUGACCCCGACACCGUUGAGUCCACCUACGCGAAUGCGUAUGUGCUCUACUCGAACAUCAAGGUUGGUCCUCUCAACUCGACCUACACUGGCACCACCUCCGGCUCCGGAUCGGGCUCGACCACAACCUCCACCACGACUUCCACCACAACUUACACCACAACUUCCAGUGGCUCCAGCAGCACGGGUGCUGCUCACUAUGCGCAGUGUGGGGGAUCUAGCUGGACUGGUGCGACCACCUGUGCCAGUCCAUACACAUGCACGAAACAGAAUGAUUAUUACUCCCAGUGUCUGUAG